AUGGGCGGUCUCGUUGAAGGUCCCAGCGUUGCUAGUUGCCGCGCGCCCGGGUCUCGACCUUUCGACGCAUUCCGACGUGGGACCAGCCAAGGUCUGAAAGAACGAAGCCUGCUCUGA